UCGCAGUAGGGAGAAGGCACGGAGGCCCUUAGUCCAGAGUCCAGACUGUCCACCACACUCUCUAAAGAGUCUAACCCUACCGGCUUGGAAACUGGUGCGGACAUCAGAGUUAGGUUCGGCAUCUGGUUUCAGUCAACGAAAGCUCAGCUCCGGUCACAGUCAUUCACUUCUUCUCCGGAAGAAGACGAAGGAGGACAGAGCUCUGGUUGAUCGGAAGGUGGAGAUUUUGUAAUUCUAGGGUUUUGAAUAAUCCAACUGUGAUGAUUGGAUGAUCUUCUAGGGUUUCUGAUGGGGAGUAGGGUUCCAGUGCAGCAUUACAAUUUGAGGUCGGCCAAUUCGUUUAUCGGGAGCUCUUUGCACGAUCUCAAUACUGUUGAUGCCCGCCCUGGCGACAUCCAGGGCAUCACAGCCGAUGUUGUGGACCGCGAUGCUGCAGUCACCGACGAUAGCUUGGACAACGAUGAUGAUGAUUCUGGUGCUGUUGACUGCAUGCAUGAGUCUUACAGGGAUUCUUUGCCCCUUCACACUGUUGGGGUGGAAGAAGAUCGUUCUGGCCUUGAGAACAAUGGGUCCUCAAGGGGUCCUUAUGAUAUUUUGACAAUCAAUGAUAUUUCACCAAUUGAAGCAGCAAGGGCAAGGUUUAUGCAAAUUAUUGUGGACCAUUUCAUCGAUGAUCAUGUAAUUGAAGUUGCUGAUUCUGAGGCUGACUAUAAUGGUCAAUCUGGGCAAGAUAAGCUAAACAAAAGGAAAUCAAGAGAGGUGCAAUAUGAAGGUGAUCCAAGGUUUGUUUUACCCUUGAUGUAUGUGGCGAAUAUGUAUGAAACUUUAGUUAAUGAGGUCAACAUCAGGCUUGCCUCCUUGAAUGGUAUUCGUGAAAAGACCAUUGGAGUAGCCCUUGAAGCGGCUGGUGGUUUAUAUAGAAGGCUGGCUAAGAAAUUUCCUAAAAAAGGACCCUGUACAUUUAAAAGAAGGGAAUUGGCAACUUCAAUUGAAACAAGGACAAGAUUCCCAGAAUUAGUAAUACAAGAAGAGAAACGGGUUCGGUUUGUGGUUGUCAAUGGUUUGGUUAUUGUUGAUAAACCGAAUAGUGUGCCUAUUGAUGAUGCAGAGUGGUUUAAACGAUUGACGGGCCGGGAUGAAGUAGCUGUGUCUGCUCGAGACUACAAGUUUUAUUCUCCAAGACACAAGUAUAGGCGUGUUGCAUCAAACCCUGUGUCGAACAUCCCUGGUUUGCCUACAUUUCCUGGCACGGAUACCUCUCCUACAAUGGCUAGUGCACAAGGAUUUCGCACUGUAAAUGAACCACAAAAUCAGCAGGCUACCCCAUCCAAACAUCAUAUGCAAUCACUAUCACAGUUUCACCCUAUUCAUCAGAACCAUCAUCAACCCAUUCACCAAACUCAGCAUUCAGCACACUUUUCUCACAGUCAUCAAUGUGGGCCACCAUCACAUUUACCUGAAAUUCCUCAUGGCCACCAGUCACCAACCAUCCCGCAACAUAUGGCUUGCUUACAACCCAUCACUGGAGGUCAUGUCAGUGGACGCUUGCAUGUACUGCACACAUGCUUACUGGGGAAAAUUCAAACGCCAACACCAUAGGACUGCAAAGAAUUGAGAUUUUUAUUUGAAUCCAUUGUCCCUGACUGAUUGAUUUAAUUGUGUGAUCUCAUGGAAAAGGGAGGUUACAAACAAAUUUCCACUACCUGGAUGAGGCAGCAGCUAUGGGAAAGAUAUAAUAUGCUUUUACUCUUUUUUUUUUUUUCAAAAAUGAUGUCCUUAGCUAGGGCAGCCUUCGACCUGAAAAUUGCAACUUAAGGUAGAAGAUACCGAUUGCUCAAUGACGUAUUUGAAAACUGAUGACACCUUUUGCAAUACUAUCUGCCUCAUAUGUAAACCUUUGUUAAAGUAUCUAAUGUUGUUUGGUUGCUGCAUUUUGAGGGCUUUUGGGAGGCACACCUCCUAGAAACAUCAUGAUGAGGAGUGUUUUCCAACCUUCUCUUUGCACCUCCUCCUGGCAUUGCAUCACUAAAGAGCUUUUGGCCCUCAAACAUGUUUAACAGAAAAUGCAGUUUUUGAUGUAUCCAUAAUUGAAGCAUUGAAAUUCAUGACCAUUCCCUAACUCCAGAUCUUUGUACCAUGCUGGUUAGGCAUUUCCUUGUGAUAAUGAGGAUAAUAACUCAAUGCUAUUUGUGCGUUUCAAGUU